AUGGAGAGCGAGACAUAUCGUACGAUUAGGCGGCACAAACAGGAAGAAGACAGCUGGCGGCGAAGAUGCGGAUGUCUCCGUACUAGCGAGAAAUUGAAACAGAUUCUUGAUUCGUUCCCCUCCCCUCCUCCACCCACCCCAGAUCAUCAAGAACUUAAGCCUUUUACUCCUCUUGGGAAUACGUGUAUAUCAGCGUAUUGCACUCACGUCCGUCGAUCAAACCCAUCAAAUAAAGUGACAAAAGUAUGCAAGGAACCUACAGAAUUAUGCGACACAGAAAAAUGUCAAAAAAAAGACGAUGGUCGGUCGUGGCUAGUGGUGUCCGAGUUGGUGCAGCUUCUUCAAAUGUCGGUGACGGCUACUGCGUUGGCGCUGUACUACCUCAUAUACUGCUAUAUGCAACUAAUAUAUUACACGUUAAGGAGUGUUUUAUAUUUUCACAAUGCCGAUGGGGCUAUGAAAAUAACUAUAGGAGUUGUAACUAUUACCUCUAUGGUCGUCGCCUUUAAUUUGAUACUGAAAAUCGAACGAGUUAUUGGAAUCAGCUUAAAUUGAAAUUAACAUAACAGCAGCUUAG